GAUUGUACUGGGUGUGUCAUAAUGCAUGGAUAUAACUUAAAUACCGAUUCGAGGAAUCGUGUCGUCGAUUAUUGGGAUUCUACGAUCUCGAUUCGGACGUUUCAUCAACCAAGUUUUCCUUAAAAUCUGUUCUAAAAGUGAACGCUCGUUAGAAACGAAUAAGUGUCUAUAGUUGUGCAUCCGUAUUUCGUGAACAGUGUAAUUUUUGUGUCGACUAUUGGAAAAACUCGUGAUCAUAUCCGGUAAUUCGUGCAAUUGCCCGGGCAAAAGUGCGUCGUUCCUAGUAACGGUUUUGUUUCGCGUUGUUUACGCCGGUUUAUUGUUACGUGUACGGUAGAGUUUGAGGGUUGACACCUUCAAACCGGAAACGAAGAAUAAUCCUGUCUUCCUCAAGGAUAAACGAGGCUGAGGGAAGGAGUCAUCGAGAGCCGGUCGCCAGGAGGACUCCUAUGAAAAUGCUUCAGUCAUUGAACGCUUUGGCGGGGAAAAUCUCGCCGGGCUCGCCUACCGACAGCAACGCAAACAAGGUGCACAUGCACAACAACAACAACAAUAACAACAACAACGUCGUGCACCACCAUCAUCCGUAUUCGAAACAACAGACUCAGCAACCAUCUCCAUCGUCGCAGUCAAGCAACAGCGACCAGAAGGAAAACACCAUAAUGAACAAUAAUAGUGUGGAACAACCGGAUCCUGACAACAUAAAAAUGUUCGUGGGUCAGGUGCCACAUGACAUGGAUGAAAAUGACCUAAGGAAACUGUUCGAAGAGUUUGGCCGUGUGCAUCAGAUAAACAUCUUACGGGAUAAGAUCACCGGAAGUCAUAGAGGAUGCUGUUUCGUUACGUUUUAUACGAGAAAAGCAGCCCUGGAUGCACAGAAUGCUCUGCAUAACGUCAAAACCUUCAGUGGGAUGCGGCAUCCGAUUCAAAUGAAGCCGGCAGACAGUGAAAACAGAAAUGUUAUGUAGAAAAAAGAAGCCUACGUGGCAGCCGAGUAUACCUGAUGGCGCGUAACGGAAGUACGUAAGACGCGUUUCCGAUUCG